UUAAAGCAUGUCACUUCAGAAACAGUGAAAUCAUGAGAGAGAAGAGAUCUGUUUUUAAAGGUUACUAAUUGUACCAAGGAACCCAACUGACCAGCAAGAUGAGCCUUCGAAAAUUAGGCUUUAAGUGGUUCGGGAGUCUGGGCAACAUCUCCUUCAGACGCUCCUCCUCCAGCGCUGAGAAGUCUUCAGAGAACCUGCGGCACCAUGGGAGCCGGCCUGAGGAAGGCAGCUUUAACAAGACCGUGGACGACAUGGACAGCUGUGCCCGGGGCAAGACUUAUGCCCGGUCCUGUGACAUGUACAGUCACACUGGCACCAUGCCACGCAAGGACAAGUCCUCCAAGGGCUUCCGAAAGUCAAAGGGCAAAGCUGAGCUCAGUCGAAAGCAGAGCCAGAGUACCAACCCUGAUUCCGUGGCUGAGUCCCCUUUAUUAAGUGCCAUGUCUGGCGCAACCCAGGACAAGCCAAAAUCACCAGCCAAUCAAAGUAAAGAAUCACCACCGGCACCUGAGAAUUCAAAAGAGUCUGCUUCACCAAAGACAGCAGAAAAAUCAACAGCUAGCUCUAAAGUGGAAUCUCAGUUGUCAAAUCUUGCUGAAGAAUCACAAGAUAAACCACAUACAGACCACCAAGGAAAACCAGCUUUACCCAACAGAAAUAAAUCUAUGUCCCAGCUCAGAUCUAGCCAGCCCAGCACCCCAACCUCUAAACCGCAGUUGACUGUAUCCCCCUAUUGCCCCUCAGAAACACCAGCUGCACCACUGAAACAGUCUGCCCCACCAGAGAAACAGCUUGCAAUGGCAACGCCUGAAGAAUCUGACAUAGAGACUGACUCAAGUGUCACUCUGGAGCAAACUGAAGCAGGGGACAAACAGGCCACACCAAUAAGUAUAGAGGAGGCUGGUGAGGAGAUGUUAGAAUCAGAUCAGAGCCACUUGGACAAUAUGGAUUCCAGAGGCGAGUAUGUGAAGUUCUCGAAGGAGAAGUACCUGAUCGACUCGCCCCCUGAGAAGCUGCGUCGUGAGCUGGAGGAGGAACUCAAGCUGAGCAGCAGCGACCCACGUAGCCAUGGCUGGUACCAUGGGCGCAUCCCCAGAGAGGUUUCAGAGACGCUGGUCGUUCGCAAUGGAGACUUCCUGGUCCGAGACUCCCUCACCAGCGUGGGGGACUACGUGCUGACGAGCCGCUGGAACCAGGAGGUGCUGCACUUCAAGAUCAGCAAGGUGCUGGUGAAGACGAGCGACUCGUCCUCCAGGGUGCAGUACCUGCUGGAGCAUGAGAGCUUUGAUACCGUGCCCGCCCUUGUGCUGUUCUACACGGGCAACCGGCGGCCGCUCUCCCAGCAGGGCGGCGCUCACAUCCACUUCCCCAUCAACCGCACCCUGCCCCUGCGCUACCUGGAGGCCAGCUUCUCCCUGGUCAAUGGCAAGCACGGCCUCUGCCACUCCCCAGCCAAUCAGAGGGGGGCGUACAUCAAGAGGCGGAGCGUCACCAUGACAGACGGGCUGACAACAGAGAAAUUACCACACAGCCCUUCCGUCCCUCACCACAAGGAGGCGAUCCGGAACUGCGCUGUCAGCAUGGAUCAGAUCCAGGACUACCGCUGCCCAAUGUCUCCAGUCAGUGAGGCGCCACUCUCCCCUGCCUAUAGCACCAUUAACCGACACAAGAACCCAGCAGUGGGGCGGGUAGUGGGCAUGGUGCCUAGUUCCCCAGUGAUGCGUCGCUCCAGUGAACCGCAGCUCUGCCCGUCCUCCAACAACAACGUGCCCUGCCCUGAGAUUCCACCCAGCACCCACUCCACCCCCGCCCAUGGGUACAGCCAACCCCCUGGCCCCACCAUGCCAGUCCCACUGCCCGCCAAGAGCUACGUCGAGCGUCUGCAAGUGGAGGAGGUGGGCAGGUGGCCGGGGGGUGGGUCCGUGGAGGAGAGAUUCACUGUGCCUAUGGUUGAAACAGCCUCCGCUUUCCAGCCCAACGCUUACCCCUCCCUGCUGAUGCCCGCUGAGAACAAGCCUCUGGAGAUGGGCGUGCUCAAGAGGGUGAAGGAGCUGCUAGCUGAAGUGGAUGCCAAGACCACUGCCAAGCACCUCACCCAGGCCGACUGCACGGUUGCUAGAAUCCUGGGUGUCACCAAGGAGAUGCAGAAGAUGAUGGGGGUCAGCUCAGGGCUGGAGUUACUGACCCUCCCCCAUGGGAGACAGCUGAGACUGGACCUGCUGGAGAGGUUCCACACCAUGUCGAUCAUGAUUGCGGUGGAUCUGCUUGGCUGCACUGGCAGUACAGAGGAACGUGCUGCCCUGCUACACAAGACCAUCCAGCUGGCAGCUGAGCUCAAGAGCAACCUGGGCAACAUGUUCGGCUUCGCUGCUGUGAUGAAGGCCCUAGAGCUGCCACAGAUCUCUCGGCUGGAACAGACCUGGAUGACACUCCGCCAGAGACACACAGAAGGCGCCAUUCUCUAUGAGAAAAAACUCAAGCCUUUUAUGAAGAGCAUGAAUGACGGCAAAGAAAGCUGCCCUCUCUCGAACACCUCCUUCCCUCACAUGAUUCCUCUGCUGUCUCUGCUGGAGAGGGGCGUGGCCGUGGUGGAGGGAGCGGAGUCCUGGGAGAGUAUCGACGCCGGAGUGGACGUGGUGAUGAACCACCUGGAGGCGGCUCGAACCAUCGCCCACCACGGGGGGAUCUACCACACCAACGCAGAGACCAAACUGCAAGGGUUCCAGGCGCGAGCGGAAGUGCUGGAGGUUUUCUGCACAGAGUUUCAGAUGCGCUUGCUGUGGGGGAGCAGGGGGGUUGAGGGCAGCCAGGGAGAGCGCUACGAGAAAUUCGACAAGGUCCUGACAGCGCUGUCUAACAAACUGGAGCCUCCGGUGAGACACAGCGAGUUAUAGCGCCCCCUGCAGGGACUGUGCAAUGGACAAGGAGGCAGCACUCCUGGAACUGGGGGGUGUGCGGACCUGCGGAGGGGUUUCAUGAAGAAUAACCCCCCCCCCCCCCCCCCCCC